AUCAUAGAAAAAUAUAAAUCUAGAGAGCGAGAGAGAGAGAGAGAGGCGUGAAACUCUGGCAGUGAUUUGGACAUUGGAGGAGAGAGGCGCUUCUUUGCCUAAACCCUCUCUGUGUAUCUCUCUCUGGAUUCUCUGUAUCUGAGUCUCAUUGCGAUCUCUGCAACAGCAGAGCUCUUUUGAUCUCAGUGUUGCUUUGAGGGUUUUUGUAUGAGAUUCCGUGAAAGAUGGACGGCACCGCUUUUUCCAGGUUAGAUUUUCUUGCAACUUGUGGACAUCUAUGUCUGUGACUUAAUUUCCCUCUGGGCGUAUAACAGGCUUCUUCAAUUAUAGUGGUGAGGGAAAGCAUUUGGUGGCACUUUCUUUGGUGGUGCUCAUGUUGUAAGUUACAAUACAAUUAUAUCUGAGGGUUGAGAAAAUGACAGGGGGCAGGAUUAGGGCAAAGAUCCGCCAGAGCAAUCUGUACACAUUUGCAUGCCUUCAGACACAUGCUGCCGAAACAGAAGAACUGGAUCAAUUCCCUGGCCCUGGAUACUCACGAAUCAUAUACUGCAAUGAACCACAUCGCCAUGCAAAGAAACCCCUUAAAUACCGAUCCAAUUAUAUAUCAACCACAAAGUACAACGUUGCCACAUUUCUACCCAAGGCCCUAUUUGAGCAAUUCCGUCGUGUUGCCAACUUCUAUUUCCUCCUGACUGCAGUUCUGUCACUCACAGACGUUGCUCCUUUUUCAGCUGUGAGUAUGAUUUCUCCUCUCGCCUUUGUUGUGGGGCUUAGUAUGGCAAAGGAAGCUUUGGAAGAUUGGCGUAGAUUUAUUCAGGAUAUGAAGGUUAAUCUAGGAAAAGUUAGCGUCCAUAAAGGGAAUGGUGUAUUUGCUCCUAAGCCAUGGAUGAAGCUUCAGGUUGGAGAUGUAGUUAAAGUGGAAAAGGAUCAAUUUUUUCCUGCAGAUUUACUUCUUUUGUCAUCAAGCUAUGAUGACGGAAUUUGUUACGUGGAGACUAUGAACUUAGAUGGAGAGACAAACUUAAAGGUAAAAAGAGCUUUGGAAGCAACCUUGCCAUUUGAUGAUGAUGGAAGUUUUAAGGAUUUUACAGGAAAAAUUAGAUGUGAAGAUCCCAAUCCAAGUCUAUACACUUUUGUGGGUAAUUUCGAGUAUGAUCGACAGGUUUAUCCUCUUGAUCCAAAUCAGAUUCUCCUCAGAGACUCAAAGCUUAGGAAUACAGGUUAUGUGUAUGGAGUGGUGAUAUUCACUGGUCAUGAUAGCAAAGUCAUGCAAAAUGCAACUGAAUCUCCUUCAAAGCGGAGCAGGAUUGAAAAACAGAUGGACAAGAUCAUUUACAUUCUUUUCAGCCUCCUGGUAUUGAUCUCAGUGAUCAGCUCAAUUGGCUUUGCUGUGAAGACAGACACCCAGAUGCCAGACUGGUGGUAUUUGCAGCCAUUUGUUGAUGCAAAAUUAUAUGAUCCAGAUAGACCUGCCUUGUCAGGGCUAUUCCAUUUGGUCACUGCACUUAUCCUUUAUGGAUAUUUGAUUCCCAUCUCGCUUUAUGUUUCAAUUGAGGUGGUGAAAGUCCUGCAAGCAAUGUUUAUUAACCAUGAUAUCCAUAUGUAUGAUGAAGAGACUGGAACUCCUGCCCAAGCACGGACAUCAAAUUUAAACGAGGAAUUAGGGCAAGUUGACACAAUCCUCUCUGAUAAAACUGGCACUCUGACUUGCAACCAGAUGAACUUUCUCAAGUGUUCUGUUUCUGGUACAGCAUAUGGAAGGCGUUCUAGUGAAGUUGAACUUGCUGCUGCAGAACAAAUAGCUAUUGAUUUCAAGGGACCAGACUCUGAUCUGACCUUCAGAAGUGGGGCAGGUGUCUCAGAAAUUGAAAUGGAGACUGUUGUUUCUAGAGAAGAGGGGAAGGAUCAUCAGAAGCCUACAAUAAAGGGGUUUAGCUUUGAGGACAUGCGUCUCAUGAACGGAAAUUGGUUGAAAGAACCUGAUCCACAUUUCAUUUUGUUAUUUUUCCGGAUACUUGCUAUUUGCCACACUGCCAUCCCAGAAGUAAAUGAGACCGGUGGAUUCACCUAUGAAGCAGAGUCUCCUGAUGAAGGAGCUUUUCUUGUUGCAGCCAGAGAAUUUGGCUUUGAGUUUUGUAGAAGAACUCAGUCAAGCAUAUUUGUUCGUGAAAGAUAUCCCUCUUAUGAAGUGCCAGUUGAAAGGGAGUACAAAAUUCUCAAUCUGUUGGACUUCACUAGCAAAAGGAAGAGAAUGUCUGUUAUUGUUAGAGAUGAGGAUGGCAUGAUUUUUCUCUUCUGCAAAGGUGCAGACAGCAUAAUUUUUGAACGGUUAGCAAAGAAUGGAAGAAUGUUUGAGGAGGCUACUACAAAGCAUCUGAAUGAUUAUGGUGAAGCUGGAUUGCGUACAUUGGCACUUUCUUACAGGAAACUCGAAGAAGCUGAGUAUACUGCUUGGAACAAUGAGUUUCACAAGGCAAAGAUUUCUAUUGGUGGUGAUAGAGAGGCAACACUUGAAAGAUUAUCUGAUAUGAUGGAAAGGGAUUUAGUGCUUGUUGGUGCAACUGCUGUGGAAGACAAACUGCAGAAAGGGGUGCCUCAAUGUAUAGAUAAACUGGCACAAGCUGGUCUGAAGAUCUGGGUUCUGACUGGUGAUAAGAUGGAAACUGCCAUCAACAUAGGAUUUGCCUGUAGUCUGCUAAGACAGGGCAUGAAGCAGAUCUGCAUAACAGCAAAUACUGAUAUGUUAGACCAAGAUUCCAGACAGGCAGUGAAGGAGAACAUUUUAAUGCAAAUCACCAAUGCCUCUCAAAUGGUCAAGCUUGAAAAGGAUCCCCGAGCUGCAUUUGCAUUAAUUAUUGAUGGGAAAACUCUAACUUAUGCUUUAGAGAAUGAUAUGAAGCAUCAAUUCUUGAAUUUAGCAGUUGAUUGUGCAUCUGUCAUAUGCUGCCGUGUCUCUCCUAAGCAGAAGGCCCUGGUAACAAGAUUAGUAAAAGAAGGAACUGGGAAAACCACAUUAGCAAUUGGUGAUGGUGCAAAUGAUGUCGGAAUGAUUCAAGAAGCAGAUAUUGGUGUUGGCAUCAGUGGAGUAGAAGGAAUGCAGGCUGUGAUGGCUAGUGACUUUUCUAUUGCUCAGUUUCAGUUUCUGGAAAGACUUCUGGUUGUCCAUGGACACUGGUGCUAUAAAAGAAUUGCUCAGAUGAUCUGUUAUUUCUUCUACAAGAAUAUAGCUUUUGGCCUCACGCUCUUCUAUUUUGAGGCAUUCACUGGCUUUUCUGGGCAAUCUGUUUAUAAUGAUUGGUAUAUGCUGCUAUUCAAUGUAUUACUUACCUCACUGCCAGUCAUUUCACUUGGAGUGUUCGAGCAGGAUGUGUCUUCAGAAAUCUGCUUACAGUUCCCGGCACUUUAUCAGCAGGGGCCAAAAAACUUGUUCUUCAACUGGUAUAAGAUAUUUGGGUGGAUGGGAAAUGGCCUCUAUUCUUCGCUCAUUAUUUUCUUCCUCAACCUUGUCAUCUUCUUUGACCAAGCUUUCCGAUCAGGAGGCCAAACAGCUGACAUGUCUGCUGUCGGUACAAUAAUGUUUACUUGCAUCAUCUGGGCAGUCAACUGCCAAAUUGCACUUACAAUGAGCCACUUCACAUGGAUUCAGCACCUCUUUGUCUGGGGCAGCAUAGCCACCUGGUACCUCUUUCUUUUACUCUACGGCAUGAUGUCCCCAGUUUAUUCCGGCAAUGCCUUUCAACUCCUAAUCGAAGCUCUAGCUCCUUCUCCAUCUUACUGGUGUGCAACAUUGUUAGUAACCAUUGCUUGCAACCUUCCCUAUCUGGCUCAUAUAUCUUUCCAAAGAUGGUUGCACCCGAUGGAUCAUCACGUCAUCCAGGAAAUCAAGUACUACAAGAAAGAUGUUGAAGAUCGAGUUAUGUGGACUAGGGAGCGAUCUAAAGCAAGACAAGAGACCCAGAUAGGGUUCACAGCCAGAGUCGAUGCCAAGAUCAGGCAAUUGAGAGGGAGGCUGACAAAGAAGCAUUCCCCAGUAGAUGCAGGUCCCCAGGUUGUAAAUUAACACUGCCCAUGUUGUUUAUUCCCCUAUUCUUUUGUAUAAUUUUUAGGAUUUUUUGGCUCAUCUUGGAGUCAUCUGUUGUUUUUUGUCCAUUCAUCUUCUUGGUCAUGAUAUUCAAUGUAUGUAUUGGGGAUCUGCUCAGGUUCCCUAUUCAUUCAUUGUAGCGCUUUGAAGCUGUUGUCUGUACAAUAUUUAUAGCUUAUAUCAUUCAGCUUGUUAAAAUUGUAAAUAUCCAUCACUUUUCCA